CUCUCUGUCACUACCAUCCACAACACACAGAGGCAUUACACCUGUUGUAUCUGGUUGCUGACAUGGCCCAACACUCAUAUUACAGCCCACAGAGCCGGACGGAGAAGCAGUACUCAGGACGUCUGCAUGGAUGCUGUUUAAACAGUCCUCAGCAUGCCGUCUUCCAACCAGGGCUGGCCCGAGGAGUUCGGCUUCCAGCUGGGCGGGUCUGGACCGAGCUACAUCCUCUCGGUGGAGGAAGGCAGCAGCGCCAACCUUGCAGGGUUACAGGCUGGGGACCAGGUUCUGGAGAUCGAGGGACAUAAUGUUUCUACCCUGGGUCCCCAAGCUGUCAUGGCCAUCGCUCAGACUCAGAAGAACAUCCCACCUAGUAUCGGAGUUGUAUCCCGCAUACAGCAGAUGGACAUUAUUCCAGGUCCGGACGGUCGUUUCGGUUUCACCAUCGUGGGAGAUUGCCCCCUGCUGGUGGAGGACUGCUCGCCUUGCUCUCCAGCCGGCCGCGCGGGUCUGAGAGCCGGGGAUUACGUCAUGGAGGUCAACGGCAUCCCGGUCAGGCAGCACGAGACGGCCGCGGCGCUGAUCAAGGCCUCUCAGGGGAGGACGCUCCGCCUGGGGGUGCUGUGCCUCGGCCAGAGGCAGAAACACAGCAUCAGCAUAGAGGACGGUCAGAUGGGAGGGGACGGGGCGAGACUGGACCGUAAACAUAAAGCUCUGGAGUUCAACAGGAAGGUCGACCAGAUUCUCGGCGAUGAACCUGAAGUGAAAGAGAAACUCUUCGCCGUGCUGAAGCAGUACGCUGCCGAGAAGAGAGUGGAGUGGUUGGCCUCGGUCCUGCCCGACAUACUCACCACUGAUGAACAUCGACAGCUCAUCUCCAACAUCAGAAUCUUCAUUCCCAAGAAGCACCGGCAGCGCUUCGACGACUCCGUCCAGCAGAACGUGAUCAACCGUCUCUGUCGCAGCAAGAGCAUCAGCGAGCCGCAGGGCAGGAUCCGCCGCAGUCGGAGCGAGGAUCACUCGGAUCGCCACCACAGGUCCAAACGGGCCAGCUCGGUGCCCAGGGAUGGAGAACCGGGAGGGAGGGGCGACGGGGAGAAGGACAGGGGCCCCAGGAAGUCUGUCUCCGGGAUGCCUGCUCAUCCCCCCAUCGGACCCAACCAGAGGAUCAUCCGCGUCUACAGGGGAAAGAAGAACUUCGGCUUCACGCUGCGAGGCCACGCUCCCGUCUGCAUCGACUCCGUCAUCCCAGAUAGUCCUGCUGAGGAAUGUGGACUGAAAACAGGCGACCGUAUCCUCUUCCUCAAUGGACUGGACAUGAGGAACUGUUCCCAUGAGAAGGUGGUGUCCAUGCUACAGGGCAGCGGGGGGAUGCCCACUCUGGUGGUGGAGGAGGGUCCGUGUGACUUCUCCUCAGAACAAACCGACCCAGAGGAGUCUCCGGGCCUGCCACACAACACGCUACCCCGCUCCAGGUCUCCUGCCCUCAGUUCUCUGCAGUGGGUAGCAGAGAUCUUACCCCCAAGCAUCAGGGUCCAUGGGCGGACCUUCAGCCAGCAGCUGGAGCACCUGCUGACCAUUCAGGAGAGGUACACGGUCUGCAAGUCCCUGGAGACCUUCUUCCAGCACAGGAAUGUGGACACUUUGAUUGUAGACGUGUUUCCGGUGUUGGACACUCCGGCCAAACAGCUGAUCUGGCAAUUCAUCUACCAGCUUCUGACGUACGACGAGCAGGAGCGCUGCCAGGGCAAGCUGUCGCGCUUCCUGGGUUUCAAGAGUACUGCUGUGUUGGAGCCUGACAUAGGUCCAGAGCAUCACCGGCGCAGCAGCUCUAUGCGGGUGACAGGGACGUCGUACCGAGGCAGCAUCCGAGAGAGGAGCUCUGACGACUGCAUCAUCGGGACUCACCUGGGAAUGGGGAUUCAUGUGGAUGAAUCUGGGAAUCCGGAGGAGAGGCAGUCAGGAGACGGAACCUCCUUUCCCGAGUCCCCUGACCUCAAUCAUAUGACAGGUGUGUACACGGAGCUGGAGACUCUGUACGCAGGGAAGGGUGUGCCGCCGCUGCAGGGGGGCUCCCCGGCAGAGCCCGAGGGCCCGGGACAGACCGAGGCCUACGGGCGCCCUCUCUCCCCCCUCACACUCCCCCCUCUCAAAGGGAGCCGUAAAUCCGGCCUCACGCUGUCCUGGAAGGAGCCUCUCCCGACUCCCGUGUACGAGAUCCACCACCAGAGCAGCCAGGACUCGAACCCUUACGUCAGCCUGGAGAGCCCGCCGGCCUCCCCCGCGCACUCCGACGGCGGCGGUCCCAACACGCUGAACCGCCGCAAGAAGCUGUUCACCUUCUCGCGCCCGCCUCGCAGCCGGGACACGGACAAGUUCCUGGACGCUCUGAGUGAGCAGCUGGGCCACCGGGUCACUCUGGUGGACGACUUCAUACCCGGGGAGAACGACUAUGAGGAGAUAUAUCAAGGUGGUUGUCAUGGUUACAGAAGAAGAGGGGUGCUUAUGAGUUUCCAGGAGGACCAGGACAUGGGCUUCAUGCCCCGCCAGCUCAGCAGUGGCAGUGAGGAGCAAACCAGCAGCGACGAGGCCUCCUCCCCCACCUACUCCUCCGAAUCUGAACCCAUCCCACCACCUCCCACCCAAAGCCCCCCGCCUCCCCCGCCUUUCCAGGCUCUGAUCCCCCCUCCCGUCCAAUUCACCGACCCUCUGCCGCCCGUCCGCUUCUCCCCCGAGCACAUCCCCCGCAGUCGGAUGCCCUUCCAGCCGCAUCACCCCAUCAUCCCCCCUCCUCCGCCCCCUCCCAGGACCAUCCUCUCCAGCCGCUCCCCUCUCCACAAAGUCCUCCCCACCAGAGAGGAGGCGGAGAACACUCACCAGCGCUUCCAGGCCGCCUCCGGCCGCACCUCCACGGUCCACACCAUCCUCGGCUCCUCCACGCUGCGCACCUCGCAGCCGUCCCGCACCUGCUACCUCCCCCGUCAGCUCAGCCAGCCCCAGACCGUCCUGCAGCCGUCACCGGGGCCCUCCCCCCCUCAGACGCUGAGGCCGAGCCAGCUCGUCCUGCAGAGGCACCACCAGCUCCACCACCAGCACAGCUACCAGGGCCCGCUGCCCCCGUCCCUGCAGGAUCACAGCCCAUCACGGUGUCAGAGCAAAGGCUCCACAGGGUCCACUCUGCUGUCCCAGACUCCGCCCUCUCACUCCACGCUCCCCGGACACACGAAGACUUAUGAAACCACACGGCAGGAACACCAGCCUCAACAGGCGCCGCCACCCCCACCUCCACCCCUGCCCCCUCCAUGUGACCCGCCUCCGCUGCCCACCUCGGGCCACAGCGCUUCAGACACCAACCACAUGAGUGUGAAGAGGCUGCGCUGGGAGCAGGUGGAGAACUCAGAGGGGACCAUAUGGGGUCAGCUCGGGGAGGACUCAGAGUACGACAAGCUCACUGACAUGGUGAAGUUCUUGGACCUUGAUCUGCACUUCGGCACUCAGCGCAGACCCAAGCCAGCUUUCCUGCCAGACAACUUUAAAAAGAAAGACGUGGUGGAGAUUCUGUCUCAUAAGAAAGCCUACAACGCCUCCAUCCUGAUCGCCCACCUGAAGCUCUCCACCAGCGAGCUGCAUCAGGUCUUGAUGAACAUGACCACAGACAGGCUGGAGCCGGCUCACGUCAAGCAGCUGCUCCUCUACGCCCCCGACGACGACGAGGUCAAACAGUACGAGCAGUUCGACGAGGACCCGGCCAAACUGAGCGACCCCGACCAGUUCAUUUUCCAGAUGCUGAUGGUGCCUGAGUAUAAGACCCGCCUGCGGAGCCUCCACUUUAAGAUGACCCUGCCGGAGAGGACGGAGGAGAUGAAGGUGGCCUACGAUUACAUCUACAAAGCUUCAGUGGAGCUGAGGAGCAGCAAGAAACUGGCCAAAAUCCUGGAGUUUGUUCUCGCGAUGGGGAAUUACCUCAACAACGGGCAGCCAAAGAGCAACAGGACGACCAGUUUCAAGAUCAACUUCCUCACUGAGCUAAGCACGACCAAAACAGUGGACGGGAAAUCCACCUUUCUCCACAUUCUGGCCAAGUCUCUGUGCCAACACUUCCCUGAGCUACUCAACUUUUCGAGAGACCUGACGACAGUGCCGCUGGCCGCCAAAGUGAACCAGAAGGGGAUCACUGCAGAGCUGAGUGACCUUCACACCACCAUCCAGGACAUCAGGACGGCCUGUCAGAAGAUCCCGCCCACCUCUGAGGACCACUUUGCCUCCGUCAUGAGCAGCUUCUUGGAGAACAGCCACCCUUCGAUUCAGUCUCUGGAGUCCCUGCAAAACCGGACCAUGGAGGAGUUCUCGAAGGUGGUCUCCUACUUUGGAGAGGACGGCAAGUCCACCAAAACGGACGCCUUCUUCGGCAUCUUUGCAGACUUCAUCUCCAAGUUUGAGAGAGCUCUCAGCGAGACCCAGACUCCAGAAAACCCCAGGAGUCCCAGACUGUCUUCCCCUCUGGCCUGGUAGAAGCAGGAAAUGUGAGGCGGCUGACGGGCCUGGUCGGCAUCACUUUCAUUCUUUGCUCUCCGCAACCAAAGUGCCAAGAUCACACACACACACACAGAGAGACACUGGAAACGACAGGAACAGAGUCCACGUCACUCACAGCAGACAGAAUGGAAAAACACUGCAUCUCUCUGCAGAGAAUAACUGAUGUUUAGGAGUGUGCGGCAUCGCUCUUAUUCCAGGUGCUGAGAAGAGCAGAAACAUUCAGGUGUCCAACAGGAAGUCACCGCACACUGACGACUCAAAACUCGUUUUUACACUACUGUCAUCUCUUUAACAAACAUAACUUAGUAAAUAGUGAGACACAUCAAUGAAGCCACCAUUGUCCAUUUUGAUUGCUCCAGUGUGUCCUGUUAAGCCCCUGAAAGGAGAACUUCAAAACACCUGCUCUGAAUAUUUACAGGUGAUCUGCUAUGUUUAAUAAAUGAUUAUAUAUAGUUUAUAUUUUCUAUCAGAACAUAUUUAAAAAAAAUAAAAAACUGUAAAGAUGAAGCAUAGAUGUAGACUGGUGACAGGAAGCACAAGUGUAGUUUUUAGAGUGUAGUUUAGAAAUCACUGCCUCCCAUACAGCCUCAUUUUGAUUUCUAGUAGUAGAUACUGGAGUUUUCAGCAUCGUGUAUCCUGCGACGUAAGAACUGGCCAUCUGCAUCUGACCUACUGUGAAUUUAAAGGGCAUCUAUAAUCUAUCAUCAGAGAUUUAAAUAUAUACGGAAUAAUUCUAUAUGGAGCAAAAGUUGAAGUCAACCAAAAGCCGUUCUCUUUUUUUUUGCUCGUCAGGUUUGUACGUCACUGAUGAAGAUCGUUCUGUCGUUUCCAUGGAAGCAAAUAAAGGUCAUGUAGAGUUUAAUUAAAAGGAAAGAACCUUUUUCAAAUGAAUACGACUGAAUUCUUAAGAAGACAUUUAUUUUUUUUAAUUUUUAAAUAUGUGGUCGAAUUCCCCUUUGAAAGUUGUUUUGCUUAUUUAAUGAUCAAUUUUUAUUUAAAGGUCACAUAUUAUGCAAACUAAACCUCUCCAUGUUUUUCGAACACUAAUAUGUGUCUCUAGUCGUUUACAAACCCCCCCAAUUAUGAGAAAAGUCCAUCUUCAUUGUCUUUUGCCGGCUCCACUUUUCAGAAAAUGUGUGCUUAAACAUAUUUUCCCUUCAUGACAUCACAAAGGGCAGUAGCCCCUC